ACCCUCUCUCCCCAAAACCCAAACCCUUGGCGGCUGCGAGACCCGUUGUGUUCUCUCUCUUUCUAUACCCCUUUCUCUCUCUAUUGCUUCUUUUAGGGUUUCUCAGCUCUUCGAUUUGGGGCUUAAACCCUCGAUUCAGAUUCGGAUUUAGGGGUUCUGUUUUUGGAUUUUGCAUCUGCAGAAGAACCAGAUCUCGUGGUUGAUUCGACAUGGCCACCGUUGCUAAUCCCGCAGAUCAAGCAACUGAUUUGCUACAGAAGCUAUCGUUAGAAACUCAGCCCAAGGCCUUGGAAAUUCCUGAACCUACAAAGAAGGCUACUGGCAAUCAAUAUGGAUCAGUUGAUUCGGGAAAUGCUGCAAAUGGCCAGAUCCCUUCUUAUGACCGGUCUGUGACCCCCGUGUUACAGGAUUUUAUUGAUCCCACCAUGUGUUACCUCCCAAAUGGUUACCCGUCUACUGCCUAUUAUUACGGUGGUUAUGACGGUACUGGUAAUGAGUGGGACGAUUAUUCCAGAUAUGUGAAUCCGGAAGGAGUUGAUAUGACUUCUGGAGUUUAUGGGGAAAAUGGGUCUGUACUGUAUCACCACGGAUAUGGAUAUGCACCCUACGGGCCCUAUUCACCGGCAGGGUCUCCAGUUCCAACCAUGGGAAAUGAUGGUCAAUUGUAUGGCCCUCAGCACUAUCAGUAUCCUCCCUAUUUUCAACCGCUAACUCCAACCAGUGGACCAUUCACGCCUACCCCUGCUGUCCUCCCUCAGGGUGAGGUUUCUACCUCUGUAGCUCCUGAUCAAAAGCCUCUUUCUGUUGAAGCAGGCAAUGGAAAUUCUAAUGGAGUUACAAAUGGUGGAAAUGCAAAAGGUCGUGGUCCUACUUCAGGUUAUCAGGAUCCAAGAUUUGGUUUUGACGGAGUACGCUCCCCUAUCCCAUGGCUUGAUGCCCCAUUAUUUUCAGAUGGGCAGCCAAGGCCUGUAACUAGCACAACAAUCUCCUCCUCAAUAUCAGGUGGCAACAAUUUGACUGCCUCAAGGAACCAGACUUUCCGCCCUAAUUCUCAAUUUAUGGGCUUGCACCAUCCAAGACCAAUGCCUGCCAUGGGAGCUGCCCAUAGCUUCAUAAAUAGGAUGUAUCCAAACAAGUUAUAUGGUCAAUAUGGGAAUGCUGUUAGAUCUGGAAUGGGUUAUGGAACUCAUGGGUAUGAUUCUCGCUCAAAUGGACGAGCUUGGUUAGCUGUGGAGAGCAAAUACAAAACUAGGGGAAGAAGUGGUGGCUACUUUGGCUAUGGCAAUGAAAAUGUAGAUGGUUUGAAUGAACUGAACAGAGGACCUAGAGCCAAGGGUGGUAAAAACCAAAAAGGUUUUGCACCAACUGUUCUGGCAGUCAAAGGUCAGAAUUUGCCAGCAAGUCUAGGCACAGAUGAAGAGAAGGACAAGAUUAGUACUGUUCCAGACCGUGAUCAAUAUAACAAAUCUGAUUUUCCAGAAGAAUACACUGAUGCCAAAUUUUUUGUCAUAAAGUCUUACAGUGAGGAUGAUAUCCACAAAAGCAUCAAGUAUAAUGUUUGGGCCAGUACACAAAAUGGCAACAAGAAGCUUGAUGCUGCAUACCAGGAGGCACAGCAGAAACCUGGUGGCUGCCCUGUAUUUCUUUUCUUCUCAGUUAAUACCAGUGGGCAAUUUGUGGGGCUUGCUGAGAUGAUUGGUCCUGUUGAUUUUAACAAGAGUGUUGAGUAUUGGCAGCAAGACAAGUGGAAUGGUUGUUUUCCUCUUAAAUGGCACAUUGUUAAGGACGUUCCUAACAAUUUGCUGAGGCACAUUACCUUGGACAACAAUGAGAACAAACCUGUCACUAACAGUAGAGAUACACAAGAGGUAAUGUUGGAACCAGGGCUGAAAUUAAUCAAAAUUUUUAAGGAAUAUAACAGCAAGACAUGCAUUCUGGAUGAUUUUGGGUUCUAUGAGGCCCGCCAGAAGACUAUUUUGGAGAAGAAAGCAAAGCAACAAUUCCCAAAGCAGGUAUGGGAAGGGAAACCUACUGAUGAGAAGAUAGAGGUAAAUGGGGAAGUUAAUACUCAAAAAUCGGAAGUUAGCUCAGAAUUGCUCAAGGAGGCUACCCUUGCUGAUAAGGAUAGUGACGACCAUAAAGUACCUGAGAAUGGAUCUGUUGCAAAAACUGGAGAUGCCCCAAAGGGUGCUAAACCAGUUGUUUCUGAGAGUAAAAUUGUAGCCAAUGGGGUGGUUGCUAAUGGUUGCUAAGCUGUUCUGUGUUUAAAGGUGGCGGGUCCAAUCCAUUUCAGCGGCAUAUAUCGGUCCUUAGAAAUAUAUUACUCAGCAACUUGGUUCCGCCUGUUGUGAUCUGUCUUGCCUUCUCAUGCAGUCUGAAGAUAGUGAUUGGUUGCCUAGUGAAGAUAUAGAUCUGUAUAUUGAGAUUGGCAUGGCGGAGUUAGUUAAUAGAAUGCUAGCACCAACCCCUUUUCAUUGGGUUUUGUUUACAAGUGGUUAGCUCCUAACAGGAUUUACUCCUAGGGUUUUUGGGUUUUAGGGUUCUGCUUAAGAUGCUUAUAUCUUUUGGGUUUUUGUCCGGGCUUUAUCCUUUUCUUUGCCUUUUUUUCUUUUUCUCUUUUUUUACUUGGUUGGUCGUUUCCUGUCUUGUAAAUUUAGAUCUACUUCGUUGCAGAGCAGCUUACUUUGUUACUUUCAGCAGGGGUAGAAGCAAGGUGGGAAAUACUGAAAUAUAGUUGGCUUUUUAAGUUUUUGAGUUCUUCGGCUUAAUUUAGUCUUGUUUAUUUUCUAUCUGAUGAUUGACUUGGGCAUACUGGAGAAAGAAUUACAUUUGUGGACAAUCUAUUAUGUAAUUGGGUGUUUUUCUGGCUAUGAAGGUCACCAUAUUGUUUAGUU